ACACUUUUAUCACUCUUCGAUUUCGCUCUCAAACCAAACAAAUUAGACGGAAAAGGAACAUACUAACCACAAGUCUCUUUCGCCCUCCGCCUCUCUCUCUCUGCCGCUCCCGCGCCGUCGCUCUCUCUCUCACUUGCACCGCCGUUCCUACCCAGAGUCACAGGUAUCUCACACCACUUUCAGUUCUUUUUUACUUUUUCAACCGAAGUCUCUUUCGCCCUCCGCCUCUCUCUCCGCCGCUCCCGCGCCGUCGCUCUCUCUCACACACUUGCACCGCCGUUCCUACCCAGAGUCACAGGUUUUGAAUAAAUUCUGGGUUUAUUGUCAAUACUGCAGUUUUUUCUUGUGCUCAGUUGAGUGAGUUUAGAAGGAAGAGUGGUUUUAUUUUUAUCAAUUUUAUGGAGAUCGACAGACCUGACGGAAGGACACCCAAUCAACUGAGGCCCCUAGCUUGCUCUCAUUCCGUCCUCCACCGAGCCCAUGGCUCAGCCACAUGGGCUCAAGGCGAAACCAAACUCCUUGCCGCAGUUUACGGACCUAAAGCCGGGGCCAAGAAGAACGAAAAUCCCGAAAAAGCUUCCAUUGAAGUUAUUUGGAAGCCUAGUACAGGGCACGUUGGUCAAGCCGAGAGGGAGUAUGAAAUGAUAUUGAAGAAAACCUUGGAAAGCAUCUGCAUUCGUACCAUAUAUCCCAACACCACCACUUCUGUUAUAGUCCAGGUUGUCCAUGAUGAUGGUGCUCUUCUUCCAUGUGCAAUAAACGCAGCAUGUGCUGCACUCGUUGAUGCCGGAAUACCCCUAAGACAUCUUGCUGUUGCAAUAUGUUGUUCUGUAACAGAUAAUAACAGUAUUAUAUUGGACCCUUCCAAACAAGAAGAGAAGAAAGCGAAAGCAUUUGCAUAUUUAGUUUUUCCAAAUACAACUGUUACUGUCGUACCAGAGAAAUCAUUGCAAGUGGGCAGUGAUCCCACGGCACACGGAAUCAUCACAUCUGUUACACACGGUGCUAUGUCAGUGGAUAAUUAUCUUCAUUGCCUAGAACGAGGGCGUGCCACAACUCAAAGGUUGUCUGAAUUUUUGAGGAAGAACAUCGAGCCAAAAUCUAUCCGCGAGGCAUCCAAAGCUGGAUGAUUUACGAACAUGUUGAAUGUAACUUAUUUGUAUCCAAUUUUUCCCUUACAAGGGUUGAAGAAGAUGGAAUCUUUUGUAGGACAAUUUUUGUGACAUAUUUGCUCCGUUCCAUGCCUGCUAACUAUCUAAAUUUCUGAUUAGUUUUGUAGUUCUACAACAUAACGAAGUUGCUAUUACAAUGAGUAAGAUGAUAAUUUAUGUA